AUGCGGCAUCGCGCUGCGGCGGAAGUGCUCCACAGCUGUGCGCUCCUGCUGCCGCUGCUGUUUACGCAGCUCGCGGCCAAACAGGUACUGCUGUACCGCGCGGCGGAGGAGGGUCUGCCGGACAUGCGCAUUGGCGACGUGGCGGCUGACCUGGGGCUGGCUCUCGGCUCUGAGGAGGUGACCUUUUCUCUGGAGUCCGGAUCGGAGUACCUGAAGAUCAACAACCUGACCGGGGAGCUGAGCACGACGCAGCGGAUGGACAGAGAGAGCCUGGCGCAGUGUGAGCGCGUGUUUGAGGAGUCAGAGUGCUUUGUGGAGUUUGAGGUGUGUGUGAUCGGGCCGGAGCAGAGCUGGGUGAGGCUGUGGGAGGGCAGGCUGGUCGUCCUGGACGUUAACGACCACACACCGUCUUUCCCCUCCCCCGCGCUCAGCGUGUCGGUGGAGGAGAACCAGCCAAUCGGCACGCUCUACCUGCUGCCCACGGCGACGGACCGCGACUUUGGCCCCAACGGAGUGCAGUGGUACGAGCUGCUGCAGGGGGCGGGCCGGGGGCGGGGCCGGGGGCGGAGCAGCGUUUUCCAGCUGCAGGUGGCCGACACACCUGAAGGGGGGAAGCAGCCCCAGCUCAUCGUCAAGGGCGACCUGGACCGAGAACGGCGCGACGCGUACGACCUCAUCCUGCGCGCGUCUGACGGAGGAACCCCGCCCAGAACCACCCAGGCAUCGCUCCGCAUCUCUGUCACAGAUGCCAACGACAACAGCCCCAGGUUUGAGCGUGCUCAGUACGAGGCAGAGCUGGAUGAGAAUGCGGCGGUGGGCGUGUCGGUGCUGCAGGUGCGAGCCGUAGAUCUGGAUGUGGGCGCUAACGGGCAGGUGCAGUACGCCCUGGCCCCAGGGCCCGGGUUCCAGGGCGCAGGGCACUUCCUGCAGGUGGAGGCGGGUUCCGGCUGGAUCAGCGUCCGGCAGCCAAUAGACCGCGAGGAGACCGCCCAGCUGCGCUUCGCCAUUACCGCCAGCGACCGCGGGCAACCGGCCCUCUCGGCCACGGCAACCGUGCUGUUGCAGGUACGAGACCUGAACGACAACGCCCCCACCGUGGAGAUACGCAAGAUCGGCCGAUUCACACUGCGACAGGGUGUGGCCCGGGUGCCUGAGGAUGUGGUGGUGGACACACCUGUGGCGCUUGUGCAGGUGUGGGACCGAGACGCGGGCAGGAACGGGGAGGUGACCUGCACUCUCGUGGGCGACGUCCCAUUCCAGCUGCGGCCUGCGGGUGGGGCGGUGGGCGGGGCAGGGGGCGGGGCCAGCGGCAGGAAGUUCCUGCUCCACACGGCGGCGGCGUUGGACCACGAGGUGGCGACAGCACACCGGCUGCUGGUGGUUGCCGUGGACGCGGGCAGCCCCGCCCUGACGGGGAGCGGCGCUCUGACGGUGGAGGUGGGCGAUGUGAACGACCACGCGCCCGUGUUCCUGCGGGGGGCGCUAGAGGCAGCGCUGCGGGAGAAUAACGCCCCCGGGGAGACGCUGGCGAAGGCCGAGGCGCUGGAUGCAGACAGCGGGAGAAACGGGGAGGUGCUGUACUCUCUGGACCCCUCUGCACACACUCUGUUCUCCAUCAACCCCCGCACUGGUGACAUCACUGCCAACACCGUGCUCGACCGGGAACGAGGGGACAGGUAUGAGUUCCGGGUUUGGGCCACAGACCGCGGCGUCCCGGGCCUGCAGAGCUCGGCCCCUGUGCGUGUGCGUGUGCUGGACAUGAACGAUAACAGCCCCGCCUUCCCGCACCACGCCUUCACCUUCUACGCCCCAGAGAACCUUCCGGAACACAGCUCUGUCGGCACGGUGACAGCUACGGACGCAGACGCCGGCCGCAACGCCGAGCUCAGCCUCUUCAUCUCUCAGGAGGAGGAUGAGGAGGAGGGCAUGUUCUUCAUCUCUAACGCUACUGGCACCAUCUUCUGCAGACGGAUGCUGGACCGCGAGGCCCAGGCGGUGCAUAGGUUUGGGGUGAUCGCGGUGGACGGAGGGGACCCACCCCGAUCCUGCAGCACGACUGUCACCCUCUUCGUCACAGACGAAAACGACAACCCCCCCCGAGUAGUCGCCCCCGGCAACGCCUCCUUCACCCUGCUGCCCCCGUCCAGCCCCGCCCACAGCGCAGUGACCAGGGUGGUUGCCGUGGACGCGGACGAAGGUCAGAAUGCAGAGCUGCGUUUCGGCCUGGUGGGGGGGAACCCGUUCGGCCUGUUCAGCGUGGACCCCCAGGGCGGCACGGUGGCCCUGGUGGGGGGGCUGGGGCCCGGGCAUGGGGGCCUGCACCGGCUGGUCCUGCGGGUCUCGGACCGGGGGUCACCCCCACUGCACACCACCACGCUGGUGCACGUGUUCGUUAACCACACCCUGGGGAACGGGACAUGGGUUCAGGAGGCUGUCGCCCGCAGUCUGGCCUUGCCCCUGUCCCAGAAUGUGGCGGGAGACGGGCGUCCGGGCUGGGUUCACCCCCAGGGGCUCAGCCUGGCCAUUGGUGCGCUGGCCGGGGGCGUGGCCGUACUGCUGCUCAUCAUGCUGGUCGUCACGGUGACGCACUGCACCCCCGGGAGCAGGAAGGGGUACAGGGUGGGGCGGCGGGAGGAAGGGGAGGAGGGGGCCAACGUUGCUGAGGUGCGGUGA